AUGCCGCCGGACGCAGUGGGGGACAGGCUCAUGGCCUGGUCUCUCGACCACCCGACCUUGCACGACCAACCAAACAAGAUGGCGUCCGGCACGCCUCACGAGUUCGCGCUGCCAAUUCCUCCGCCACUGCUACACACUCGCUCGACAAACGAUAUGCACGACGCACCAGGCACUCCAGGUGGCCAACGCGAUGCCGCAUACAUCUCACCACCUCACACGCCCCACGGCAGUCCCAGCAAGAACAAGAUGCCGCCGGGUGCCUUUGACUUGCCCAAUGUUUUUUCCAACGCCAUGAAACUCAUGCCUACACAGGGACAGCCCAUUCACUCCGCCCUCCAUACCAAGCAACAAGGGACCGCAACACCGAACAAGGCUGACUAUGAUCCGUUUGCAGCUCAAGACGCCAAAGCCGGAGCACCAGGCAGUCCAACCAGGAAAUCAGGCAAGGAGAACACUCCGCCCGCACAUCGCCCUCAAGUACAGCAGACGCAGAGUUUCAUCAAUCAGGCUGCUGCUAGCAGACAGGAGCCUUAUAGACAACGCGAGGACCAUUCGCCCACCCGUCAGAGCAAGAUCGCAACAGGAGGUUUGACUGCUGAAGACGUGGAGAAGUUACAAAAGCCGAGUGUUAAGAGAUUGGCAAACGUGACCCAGCUAUACUUUUUGGACUACUACUACGAUCUUCUCUCGUACAUCCACAAUCGACAGAAACGACUCCAGGCAUUCAAGUCACACAAUCCCUCGCCCACUCCGUCAAUGGCCGCAGCAGAAGUCGACAGCUACAAUCAGCUGUGGACACAGUAUCUUGGGCACGAGCGCGCAAAUCUCCGGCAGCGACGCACUCGUCUACGACAUGGCGACUUUCAAAUUCUUACGCAGAUCGGACAAGGUGGCUAUGGACAAGUCUACUUGGCAUCGAAGAAGGACACUCGCGAGAUUUGCGCCCUCAAAGUCAUGAGCAAGAAAUUGCUGCACAAGCUUGAUGAAGUCAGACACGUUCUUACUGAGCGAGAUAUUCUCACCAACGCCAAAAGCGAGUGGCUUACCCGUCUCCUGUACGCCUUCCAAGACGACAGCAGCAUAUACCUUGCCAUGGAGUAUGUUCCAGGUGGAGACUUCCGGACUCUCCUGAACAAUACUGGAGUACUGCACAAUCGUCACGCUCGAUUCUACAUAUCUGAGAUGUUCUUGUGCGUUGAUGCCCUGCAUCAGCUGGGCUACAUUCAUCGGGAUCUGAAGCCAGAGAAUUUUCUUAUCGACGGCACUGGACACGUGAAGCUUACUGACUUCGGACUUGCGGCUGGGUUUCUCGCGCCCGCGAAAAUCGAGAGCAUGCGUGUCCGCCUGGAGGAAGCUGGAAAUAUUCCAGCUCAUGCCAUUCCAUUCGGUCGACCCAUGGAAGAGCGUUCCCUCAAGGAGCGCCGAGAAGGAUACCGAUCUCUGCGUGAGCGUGAUGUCAACUAUGCCAAGUCUAUCGUCGGCUCGCCUGAUUAUAUGGCGCCGGAAGUUCUCAAGGGCGAGGAAUACGACUUCACUGUCGAUUACUGGUCACUCGGCUGCAUGCUCUUCGAGGCUCUCGCUGGCUAUCCGCCAUUCGCAGGUGCUUCUGUCGAUGAGACAUGGCAGAAUCUGAAGCGCUGGCAGCACGUCUUGCGCAAGCCAGAGUAUGAAGAUCCAAACUACUUCCUCUCUCGCCGGACGUGGGAUCUCAUCACACGACUUAUUGCUGUCAAGCAGAACCGGCUGCGCGGCAUCAAGCAGGUCCAGGCACACGACUACUUCCGCGAAGUCACUUGGGAUCGCAUCAGACAAGACCGUGCACCAUUCGUGCCAGAGCUCGACUCCGAAACAGAUGCUGGGUACUUUGAUGACUUCGGCAGUGAGAAAGACAUGGCCAAAUACAAAGAGGUGCUUGAGAAACAGGAGGCACUGGAGCGCAUGGCCGACCGUGGUGGCGAGAUGGGUCGGUCACUGUUUGUUGGUUUCACGUUCAGACACUGUACCACACCACCAAUCACACGAAUCCGAACAUACGCAAACAUGUCUCACUCGCAUGCUUGCUGCACUGUGCCUCCAAUCGUGUCCGAUGGCUACAAAGAGACGGGCGAGUGGAUCACUAUUGAUGGCAUGAAGACAUAUGCAACUGGACCAAAGGAUGCGAAGCAAGCUCUCCUGGUCGUCUACGAUAUUUUCGGUUUCUUCCCACAGACGCUCCAGGGUGCCGACAUUCUUGCGCACGGGGACAAGGAGCGACCAUACCAGGUGUUCAUGCCAGAUUUCUUCGAGGGAUCACCGGCAGAUCACAGCUGGUACCCACCAGACACCGAAGAAAAGGGCAAGAAAUUGCGAGAGUUCCUUAAGAUCAAAGGCGCACCACCAAAGACCCUCGAGCGCAUCCCCAAAGUCCUCUCAGAAAUCAUGUCGCAACGCUCCGCUAUCCAAGACUGGGGCAUUCUAGGCUACUGCUGGGGCGGCAAGAUCGCCAACCUGUCUUCACAAAAGGGCACACCAUUCAAGGCCGCAGCAGCCUGCCAUCCAGCAAUGGUCGACGCAAACGACGCCCCGAAUAUCACAAUUCCAUUCGCCAUGCUUCCUUCCAAGGAUGAGCCGAAGGAAGAUGUGGAGAAGUGGCAGAAUGCUAUCAAGGUCAAGAACAUUGUUCAGUGGUGGCCAAACCAAGCACAUGGCUUCAUGGCUGCACGAGCCGAUCUGAAGGAUCCUGCUGUCAAGGCGGAUUAUGAGAAGGCUUAUAACCUGCUUUUGAACUGGUUCCACGAGAACAUGUAAAUUGGUUUUCAGUCGUAGCUAACAAGUGGUUAUAGGGCUAACGCUAGCUUGAAACUAU